CAGUCAUCCCCGGCAGAAGUGUAUUCCAUACACAUGUUCAACACAAAAGAGUCUUUUGGACGAAUGUCUUCGGGUGAAUACGUUUGAAAUGCAGAGAAAGCGAAGUAAAUAAUACGGCAACACGUGCCAAUUGACCCUUUCGAAGGAUAUUCGCGAGAUUCGGUGUGCCAAGGUUCGAGUAGCGUGUAUCGUCGGCGGUCUAGACGCGACUCUAUCGAAAGGGAAGGCGAGCUCGUCGGAGCUUUUCGUUUUCAUUCAACCUGUGACAACGACGUUAUCGACGUGGUGUGAGAAUAAUAAAGGAAUGCCAAAUGGAAAUGCAGACUUGCUGGAACUACGCAGCACUCGGAGAUGAGUCAGAAAAACAGCAUCCGAAAAUCGGCCUAAACUUUUCUUCGUAAAAUCACGUGAUCGUCCCACAACUGUCGACUCGACGCUCGAGCGAGGAGAGGUUUAAGGAGCAAAGAAAAAAUGCCGCCGACAGAAACGAUGACUGUCAAGGAAAUAGAGGACGCGGAGGACAUGGCGGGCAUCGAUGACCUCGUCAAGGACGAGCACGUCGAUGAAAUCGAUAACUCAUCGAGCAAGGAUCACCCGACAGGACCAUUCGGCUUCAAAACACCCAUCAUAUGGUCAAACGUCGUCCGGAUUUUCGGGUUUCACUUCGUAGCUCUCUACGGCCUACUCACGGUUGUCCCGUUGGAGCACAAGCUAUUGACACUAUGGAGUUGCUUCAUGUGCGGGACCGCGGGUUUUGGAGUUACUGGUGGAGCGCAUCGUUAUUGGACGCAUCGAUCGUACAAGGCGAACAUGCCGCUUCGUAUAAUUCUACUAAUCGCUUACCUCACUGCUGGCGAAAAUUCGAUAUACGAUUGGGUUCGAGAUCACAGAGUGCAUCACAAAUACACGGAAACCGACGCGGAUCCUCACAACAGUAAAAGAGGCUUUUUCUUCGCCCACGUCGGCUGGCUCAUGAUGAAAAAACACCCGGAAGUCUUGAGACGAGGUCGUAUGAUCGACAUGAGCGACGUGCUCGCUGAUCCUGUUGUCCGCUUUUCUCAAAAAUAUUUUGGGUUCCUCAAACUAAUGGUCUGCUUCGUGAUUCCGAUACUAAUUCCUGUAUAUCUGUGGAACGAAGAUUGGUAUCACGCCAUAAUAUCGCAGGCGUUUAUACGAUACGUGGUGUUUCUGAAUUUUUCAUGGUCCGUCAACAGCUUCGCGCAUAUCUGGGGUUAUCGGAGCUACGACAAAACAAUAUCACCGGCCGAGAACAAAUACGUUUCGCUGUUCAGCAUGGGCGAGGGUUGGCACAACUAUCACCACGUAUUUCCCUGGGAUUACAAAGCUGCCGAGUUUGGUAAUUACGGCUUGAACAUGACAACGAUGUGGAUCGAUUUGUUUGCCAAAUUGGGUUGGGCGUACGACCGUAAAACAGCUUCGGAUGAUCUCAUUAAAAAAGUAUCGCAGAAUAAGGGCGACGGUACUCACCCGAUCUGGGGUGACGUUAAGGCCGAUACCGAAGCCAAAGUAGCCACCGAAUAGCUUUUCAUUUUUCUAGUUAAUCGUUUAACGUAGAUGCUGCUUCGUAGAUUGAGAUUAAAAUGAAGAAAACAGGGGACUUGAGCUAAAGAAAAUAUACGCGAGGGAACAGAAACUGUUGCCACUAAUCAAGCGAACAGGGCCUCGUAGAAUUAGAACAUGAAUUUAAGGUUUACCUAUCGCAGCAGCUAGUCAAGAGACACUCAAUUAUUUCGAAAACUUUAAAUAACCUAUAGAUGAUGGAUUUAUAUAUUAUUUUAUCAGUAUUACGAAAGUUCAUGAUUUUUCGAGUGUGCGUCGUGAUGAUUUAUGGAACAUUAUUUAUUAUCAAGUUUUUUAAUGUCAUUACGACACUCCACGUAAUUACUCGUCUAAAUCGAAGAUUUUUAUUUUCAUUGUUCGGCAAACCUCUUUUUUAUUCAAAAAUGAUGCUCAUCAUUUUUUUUAACAUUUGAGAAUGUUUUUAAAAACAUAUGUAAUCGGGAAAAUUAUUUAUUCAUGGCUCAAAUCUCGGUUGGAGCGCGGUCUCCGUAAGCUGUGUGUUAAAUUUAUAAAUUUUAUCGAUUAUUUAUUGCUGUAAAACUGGUCGAUAAUGCGGACAAAAAUUUUGCAGGCGUUUUCUUGUGUGCUUUAACUAUCAAAUAAACAAGCAUCACGUUUUUAUCUAAUAAUGAAGUUUGCGAUAGGUCAACCUUAAGUGCCAACAUUAUAUUCUUGUGACACACACGUUAUAUUGUAUUGUAGCUUAGACCAAAAUUUUAACGGCACAAAUAAAUAUAUAUUUAUGAGGAAGAUAAUAAUAAACAAAGAAAGCCGAAUGCUCGAACGAACAAGUUCGAUUGAAGAUUAUAAAAAAUGUUAAUUGUUAAGAUAUUAUGAGAGAUUAAUGAACUAAACAAAUCGAGUGUAACCGCACUAUUUAGAGUAAAUUAUUAACUAAAAAACAAAUAUCAAGAGACUCGAUAGAGUCUCGGGACAAGACGACGAGUCCAACGAAAUGAAGGAAAAAAAUAUUUCUAAUUCACCAGUUUUUAAUGGUUGAAAACUACGAAUUGCAAUGUCGCCAGGGAACAAAAUUGAAGAUUAACUGGAAUUGUUCGAGAAUUUUUUAAUAUCAUUUCGUUGGACUCGAGGGUUGCAAAUCAGCGUCAUCGGGACAAGUACGUUGACUGUCGUCUCCUGUCAAUUCUUAGUCAAAUCUUGUUAUUUUUUUCCAUUUUUUUUGUAAAAUUGAUUCGGAGUUGCACAAAUUAUGGAUAUAAAUAUAUAUUUAAAUAUACAAAUGUAUAUGCACGAAUGUGUAUACGAAAAUGAAGGCUGUACAAGAAAAAACAAUCAUUAAUUUACAGUCGUAUCGUCAAUACGUGAUUAAUUGAUCCGCACUGCUCGUUAUUUGAAUAAAUUGAUUUAUAUCGAUAAAGAGAAAAAUCAAUUCCAGUCAAUUGCCGAAUAAAUUGCUUUCAAAGGUCUUCCAUUUGAAGAAAACUUCGAUGAGAGUUUUACGAUAAAAAGUGUUUUAUAAAACUUACCUCCUCGUCUUUGCCCCCCCCCCCCCCCCCCCCCAAAGAAGUUACUUUAUCAAAAAGAAAAGUGAUUAAAAUUUUAGGACUAAAAUGUCUAUUAUUGAAACUGUAGAAAUAAAGGACUAUCGCCACUGAAAA